CCAUAAUGCACUGCACGACGUGUCCACGUCUAGCGAGACGUCCCCACCAAGUGCGAUUUUCUCUUCGGGGAACGCGGAGACUGAAGACGAGGAUCUAUUUGCCGAUGCCUUCUUUGAGACGGAAUCCGGAUGGAAUGUUCUGGAUGAUAUUGAGCCAAUCGAAGAUAACACAAGUACCAAGUUCGCCACUGGAACCAGACCCCCUUUUCUUAGGCGAACCCCCACUACUUUCUCUACUUUCUCUAAGUUCUCCACCAUCUCCGGCUUUUCGACCUUUUCAAAUGGCUCGGUUCUAUCGACUCGGAGCACUGGGCAGACAUUUCUGCUGAGGGAUCUUUGCGAGAAAGUGAUUGAAAAGCACCUAUUGCUUCAAAUGGCCAGGAUCGUUGGCGCAUCCUGCUAUUCCCACUCUCGGAAUCUCAUCCUACAUCGCUUUCUUAUCUUGCAAUUAUGCCGUCCGGGGAGAAAGGAUAUAUGGCUUCGGAUUGAACGGAGGGCUGGACUGGGUUUUCUCUCACUUGUGCGGAAACUCGGCACAACCCCUGCCCAUGAUACGGCCCAGCUGUCGGCAUCUAAGGAAGCCCUCGCUGGAAGGGCACGCCAAGAAAACACGCAGGAAUUCAAAAGACCGCCCUUUCUCGCUGAUUUCGGCGAAUAUCUUCGCGUCAUCUCUGAAGAACUGCUGGAGUAUAAAAUCUGGCCGGAGAACUGUUGGAUGUUCUGUUCCCUAUUGCAAGAGCAUCUUGGAGGAUCAGGAGACGGGUAUUAUACAUUCGGACGCGCAGUUACUCCCAACACCGCGCCAUUUAUCCGAGGGAAAAUAUCGGAGCGAGCAGCGGCCCAAGUGACCCCCAAUACAAUCAUGACAGCGUUGCAUAGUCCGGCCUGGGCCAUAGACCGUUCGUGGCAACCCUUGAGCAGCGCGAAGCCAAAGGGGUGGCUUGCUGAUUCGAUCGUCAUAUAUCUUGCCAAAAUUGUGCGCCCGGCACAAUGGUUAGAUAUUCGCCAUCACACGCAAGACAUCCUGAAGCGGAUCACCGACUCUUCACUUGUUGCUCCCUUUUACUUUGAAAAGAGUGAUGUGUACUGUCGCAUUGCCAUGUUCUGUAUUGACACCCUUGGCUGUUUGCCAGUGGAAAAUGUUCUCCGACUUCCCAACCCUUUAAUCCUCAACUCCGACAUCCCAAAUCUUGCUUCUCAGAUCCGGUCAAAGAUCUCCGAGGAUGUCCAAUAUGCUGCAUUAUAUGGCUUUUUGCCCGUUGCAGAAAUUGAAAACCCUUCAGCUGAGCUGUUGAGCAAAUUAGAAACGUUCUUUACAGAAUCAGCGAUCAAAUGGUUGGAGGUGUUGAGCCUGCUGGGAGCGGCGAGCAAUGCCAGGAUCACGUUGGAGACGUUGACCAUGUGGUGUGAGGUAUAUGAUUUGUCUUCGACUCCCCAAUUUCCAGGAGAUAUAUAAUGUUCACAGAGUCAGAACCACCGCCAGUUAGGAGGUCAGAACCCGGCAAGAUCUUUGCUCCAACCUCUAUUGCAAUGCCGUCGUUUUGCCUACCAGUACUAUGGAGUGAUUUCGGUUUCUGCUGGACAUAUCGCACAUUCAGCUCCAUCUCAUUCGCCCGAUGCGGGUUGGCGAGGGUGGCACCAUGGAUCAUCCCAUGAACAUCUCCCAACAGUGCAAUGGCAAAACUCAGGAUGGGAUGGGUGCCUCAACACCGUUCGAGGGCACGUUGGCUCGGUCCGCUCGGUCUCAUUCUCACCUGAUGGGUCCAAGGUAGCAUCGGGAUCCAAUGACAACACAGGACGAAUCUGGGAUGCAGCGACUGGGGAAGAACUCAAG